CUCUCUGUCAACCAACUCCACCUUUUCUAAUUUUCUUUUUUACAGAGAGUUCAUUUUCUGACUAUGAGAAGAUUAUCAUCUUCAAAAAGGGUAGUGGUGAACAAUGGGGUUAAAGGGGAGAUAGAGUGGGAGCUUAGGCCUGGGGGCAUGCUUGUUCAAAAGAGGAACAUGGGGGACGCUUCUUCUGCUCCUAUGAUCAAGAUCAAAGUUUCUCAUGGUUCUUACCACCAUGAUAUAGCUCUGCCUGCUCAAUCUACUUUUGGGGAUCUGAAAAUAGUUGUUGCACAAGAAACCGGUUUGGAGCCCAAGGAGCAGAGACUAUUGUUCCAAGGGAAAGAAAAGGAUGAUGAAGAAUGUUUGCAUAUGGUAGGAGUUAAAGACAUGUCAAAGGUGGUACUUUUAGAGGACCCAGCUACCAAAGAGAGGAAGCUCGAGGAGAUGAAUAGAAACCAAACCGUUCUAAAAGCCUGUGAAGAGGCUGCUAAGGUUAGAUCAGAGGUUGAUAAACUCUCUGAGAAGGUUAUUGCUUUGGAGGCAAGUGUUGGUGCAGGCACCAAGAUCGCAGAAAACGAAUUCCUUGUCUUGACCGAGUUGCUUAUGGUACAAUUGCUCCAAUUAGAUUCAAUUGAGGCUGAUGGAGAAGCCAAAGUCCAGAGGCGGGUUGAGCUCGAAUCACCUACUAGAAAACAAUGGAUUUUGGCACAGGUUCGUCGAGUGCAAGGAAUAGUGGACAACCUAGACAAAUUGAAGGCUAGAAACUCCAAUCCUUUCAGCAGUAGUUGCAAUGCGAUGGCAGUGAGUAGCAAAUGGGAGGCAUUUGAGUCUGGGCUAGGAAUAGGAUCCCAAGCCCCCUUACCAUCCUCUACAAUAAUAACUCAAGAAUGGGAAGUAUUUGAUUAAGCUCAACUGAACAUCUAUCACAUGGUAAUGUACUAUUAGUACACUUCAUUUUGCUUUGGUUUUUGUAAAUAGCUCUGCUAUUGAAGUGCAGAGAAAUGGACUCUUUAUCUUUCGGCUGCGGCAUGUUUUUACGACAGGUGUCUUAGUCUAGUUUUCUUCUCUAGGAAUCUGUAAUCAAGAUGGAAGGUGAAGCAGGAUAUGCAUAAAGAAUCAUCGACGAUUCUUCAAGGCUAAUAUUAUUUGUUUCUGCUCAUUUUGCUUGUUGGCUUAGCUUUUUGGGAACCCU